AUGGAUUCUGAUAAUAAGAAAAAUGAUGUAAUGACUGAAAACAAAGUUGUAUUUGCUAUGAGUAUUUAUGAAGAUAAAAAAAAAGAAUAUAAAGAAAAAGAAAAUUUUUUAAAUAAUAAACAUUUCUAUAUUUUACAAGAAAUACCUUUUAUUGAUUCAUAUAAUUAUAAAUAUGAAAAAAUAGAAAAUUUAAAUAAAUCAAAUGAAACAUAUUAUAUAGAUGGUGAUACAUCAUCUUCAUAUGAAAUGAACGAUAAUGAAAAUAAAAAUAGUGAAAAUGAAGAUAAAUAUUAUAAAUUUUAUAAAAAUGAGGAUCAUGAAGAUGAGAAUGAUACAGAUAAAAGUGAAGGAAAUAAAAAUAUAUAUCAAGACAAAUAUACUGAUGAAAAAAAAAAAAAAAAAAAAAAUGAAUUUUUAAAGCAAUGUGAAUUUAAUAGCGACGGAAGUUGCUAUUAUACUAUUUCAAAUAGUAAUUAUUUGAGAUUAUUUGCUACUGAUUUAACUUUAUUACAUUUUCUAGAAAAAAAUGAAAACAUUUAUGAAAAUUUAGAUUUAUUAUAUGAGAAGUAUAAUAAUAUGAGUGAUCUAGAAAAAACAAAAAGGAAUAGUAGUUGGAUAACUAUGAAAUUAAGUGAACAUAUUUAUGAUUGUAAAUUUUAUCCUUAUUUUGAAUGGGCCAAUUGUAAUACUUGCUUUUUCUCUGUAUGCUCAAAAAACAAACCUGUGUAUUUAUAUAGCGCUUUUGAUGGAUCAAUUUUAUUAUCUUUUAAAACACUAAAUGAAUGUUGCGAGAUAUGUAAUUGCUAUUCUCUAUGUUUUCAUCCAGAAAAAAAUUGGUUGUUAUGCGGAACUAAUAAAUCAAUAAAAGUUUUUGAUCUUUGUAAACCAAAUGAAACAUUAGAAAAUAGGAUUUUAGGUACAAGAAAAGGAAAAGGUCAGAAAGGAAUUAUAUCUACUAUUGAAUAUAAAAAAGAGGGCUACGGAAAAAACAGUAUAUAUGCUGUAGGAGAUUAUAAUGAUUGCUUAUAUAUAUAUGCAGACAACUGUGAUCAUAAAAAUGAUUAUAUUUUGAAAUUUGAAAAUAGAAAAAAUUCUAAUGGAAUAACACAUAUCAAAUGGUUUAAAGAAUUCUUUAUUUUAAGUGGUAGUAGAAAUAGCUCCUAUAUAUACCUCUAUGAUAUGAGAAAUAAUAAAAAUUAUGUACAAAAAUUCGAAAGACACGCAUUAACAAAUCAGAAAUAUAUAUUUGAUAUAUAUAAAGAUUACUUAAUAUGUGGUGAUACAUUUGGCUACAUAAAUGUGUAUGAUAUAAUAAAUAAUAAAUUAGUACACAAACAAUUAAUUAACAAAUAUUCUCCAAUCAUAUCGAUAAAUAAGCAUCCAUUUUAUCCUUUAUUGAUAACAGGAUCUGGGACAAGAAGGUAUUAUGAAAAUAAUAACAACGAAGUUGAUAUAAUUACCAAUUUAUUUUAUAAUUCAAAAAAUUGUCACGAAGAUUCUUAUGGUAAUUCUCCAAGAGAAAAGGACCCAUCUUUUCCGUCUGUUUCUCAAUAUAUAAAUAGCAUUUGUACUAUUUUUUCUGAUCUUAUAACUGAAGAAUUAACUUCAUAA